AACCGUGCACAGGUUUAAUGAAUGAAAUUAUCUGUAUUAAAAAAAAAAAACAAAAACAAAAACAAAAAAAACAGACAGUACUUUCAAAAUAAAAGUCAAAAAUCUAAUGAGUGGAACUGAACCAAUGUUACCAAAACCUCGAAGAGCUAUCCGUUUUUAGAUGUUCAUAUAAUCCUUUACAGUAAAUAAACCUCACAGUCCUCCACUUCCGUCUGCUACAGAUCAACUUCACACUCCAAUCACAAGCUAGAGCAGGUCAGCAGGAGUGCAGGGACCCUGGCUAUCAGCUCUUCACCCUCACUGCCCUGCCCUCCCCCGGGGUGAAAAGGGGUAAAUCAUGGCUGACCCCAAACAUCCCAGCCACUUUCUCUUCCAGUGUUUAACCCAGAAGAAGAGCCCUGAGAUCCUGCACCAGGCAAAACCUGCAAAGGUUCUUCUUUCGGGCCUCCAAAAUGGCGUUGUGUUUUAAAAAAUAAAACCUUUGUAUGAACCUUUAAAUGAAGUGGAGUGUAAGGUCUAACACAGCUGCCUUGUGGCUUCCGUGCAUGCUGCUCUGGUUCUUGACCCUGUUUUGUGUAUUCUGCUUCUUGAUCGCUUGACUUUUGCCUGUUCUUUGAGCACAUUUUUGUCUCUUGCUUUUGGAUUGUUUGCAAUAAAGCACAUCCUGCAGCUGUAGCCGUCUCUACUGUGCAGUAUACAGCUAAAAUAAUAUUUGUGUCAAUGUCCAAAUAUUUGAGAAGAAUGUUCAUCACAUCCACUACGGACAGUUCUCCGCCAAGCCACUAGAGGGCACCCUCCCAAGUAUUUUUGAACUUCUUCCUCUGUUUUCCCACUCAUUUCCUGUAUUUGAGUUUGUUAUUUACAGCGUGUGAAGAGGUUUUUGGGUGAGAGUUUGGUUGGUUGGCUUCCUUUUGGCAUUGGUUCCCUGUCGAGGUAGCGGGUACAAACAACUGUAUUGUGAACGUAACAAUCAUGACCUUUGGGAGUGAGGAUGAAGAUGGGGAUAAUGGAGGUAUGGAGUGCCAGAAAGAAAGAAAAAGAAAAGUGGAAAUAGUUGUAAUUUAAGCAGCUCAGAGGCAGAGUCUGAUGAAACGGUCAAGAGAGCUGGAGUAAAUCAAAGUCUGAGCUCUGAAAUCUAAAUCAAUAAUUGUGGAAGUUAUAAUUGUGUUUGCUGAGAACUUCCACCUUAUAUCAGUGGCUAAAGCUCUAGAAAAGGAUGUAGGCAAAAUGAAGUUUGCAAAGUAUUUGAAUGACAAGUGCAUACUUGUACACAGUGAGUAGAGAACAACAAAACAGUCUACUGAAAAUGAAUACGCUGGAUGGCAAAAAGGUAAAAACUCAUGUAUCUGGAUCAGCUGCUACACAAGCGGGAGUCAUCUGGAGUCUCACUAUGUGUAUCGAUGGAGGAGAUUAAAACAGAACUGAAAGGAGGAAAAGUACUUGAAACAUAUUACUACUAAAAGAAAUGGAAAAAAAUCAGAUAUGUAACCAUCAACUUUGGCCAAGAGCUCAAAAGGAAAGUUAUUCUAGGCCUCUUCAGCUAUCCAGUAAGAAAGCACACUCCUCCAACAUUAACAUGCUUUAAAUGUCCAAGAAUCGGUCAAACUCCCAACAAGUGCAAAGGCAACGAAAGAUGUGUAAGAUGUGGAGGUAGUCAUGCAUUUGGAAAGUGUGGGAAAGAUGCACCGAUUAAAUGUUGCAAUCAUGGAGCAGAUCACAAGUGGGUUAACAAUGAACAGGCAGCAAAGGAAAACAGCACUGAAAAGAAUAACACAGGAAACAGUGAAGAUCCUCCUAUUAGUGUACACAGAGAGAAUCAUCAGUAGAGAGCUCCUACAACUGCAGAAUAAAGGAAGGAACCAUGUUAGUGGAUAAAGUAAAUUUUGUUGCAUUCAUAUGUAAGAUGGUCUACAGUGGACUAGAACAAAAUGACAGGAACGAGAGAAUCGAAACAAUAGUAGAAGCAGCAAAAGAGUACAGUGGGAUCUCAAGUACUAUUAAAAAAGAGGAUUGCUCAAUGAAAACCAGAGCGGCUUUAGGAGAGGAAGAUCCACUGCUCUUAUUAAAGUAAGUAAUGAAAUUGAAAAGACCCCUUUUUUGAUAUCUGAAAAAAGAAAAAGAAACUAGGUAAUGGGCAGGGCUUAACACUAUAUAGGAAAGAGUUAGAGUAUUCAAAUAUCAUGCCUUAUGGUUUGAUGAAAAAUAUACAUGGAAGAAUCAUAAUGAAAAUAUUGAGACCAACCGUAAAAAGGUUUUGAAUUUAAUGAGGUGUGUGGUUGGAGUUGAAUGAUGAGAAGCACUUUGGAUUAUGGUUGCAUGGUUUAUGAAGCAGCAGCAAAAACUCAUCUAGAAAAACUUGACAGGAUACAAUACAGAGCAUUAAGGCUUAGUUUGGGAGCAGUCAAACCCACGCCCAUUAAUGCACUGCUCACUGAAUCUGAGGAGUUUUCACUAGCAUAUUGGAUAAGAAUUCAGGGAGGAGGAAAUGGAAAUUUAGCAUCAGCUGUUCUUUUGGGAGAACUGUUGGGAGUACACAAAUUUUUCUGGUAAAGGUUUUGGAUGGGACAUUAACAAGAAAGUGAAACAGUACAAAUUAGAUACUAUACAACAUAGUCCAGCAGUUAUCACAAGCAGCCUUUUCCCAUGGAUAUUUCCACAACCGGAAGUAAACCUUCAAAUAUUAAAAAUAAGGAGAGAGUGGAUGGAGAGGAACUAUAACACUGGGUACUUGGUUCAAGAAUAUUUGAAGAAGAGCUACUAUAAUUAUAUAAAUAUUCUCUACAGACGGAUCCAAACGCUCAAAUAACGAGCAUGUAGGUGUGAGUAUAUACACUCCAGAAUUUGAUAAAGGAAUUGCUAAGAGAAUUUCAAGCAGGUUAUCAGUACACACAGCUGAACUGUCAGCGAUGAUCAUCAGUCUUCAGUGGUUCGAGGAGGAAACCACUCAAAGGAGUGAUAUGUUCAGAUUCUGCAGCUGCAAUACAAAGUACAAACAAAAGUCUUAAAUUCUUUAGAAAUUUCAUCAGUGGUGUUUACAGAGGGCACAUAAUGAAAAUCCUGAGGCAUUUCAUCUCUUUAUAUCUGGUCCUGGAGCUGUGGGAAUUUCUGUGCUGAUUAAAGCAAUAUACUGUAUGAGGCAUGCUGCAUCUUGUCUCACUUAUCAGAAAAUCUUGAUGAGUCGCGUGUUAGUAAAAGCCCCAGCUGGUGUCACUGCUUAGUGUCAAUGCUGCAACUACACAGAACUGCUUCUCCACUGGCACAGACGUAAAUCUGCCUUAUCAGCCACUUGGGGAAGAGGAAGGACAUUCACUGAGAGCUUAACUGGGAAACCUACAGGUAAUUAUUCAUGUUUAUGGCAGAUUGAGACAGAUUAGACAAACAAGAGACUAUUCUGUUGUUGGAAAGGUUUCUCUAAUUGCCUUUGGAGAUUUCUCUGUAUCCUGAGCCAGCAAGUGUAAACCUGUAGCACAGUCAUAUUUCCUCUGGCUGAGCUCACAGACGUCAUCAGACAAAAAGGCCUACCAAUCCUUUGUAGUUUUUCCCCUGUGCUUUAGCUCAUUGUCCUGUUGGACUAUAUAUUUGUGCCCUAUAUUUUCACAGAGAAAAAAAAAUAUAUACACAAAAUUACACAAAUAUAAAUAUAUUAAAAAGAACAAACAUUUACUAAUAAAUAAAUAACUAUUAACAAUUACACCUCAAAAUUACUUUAUAUGCAACAUAGAAAACAAAAAAGGCAACAAUUAACUUUGCUUCUGUAAUAAAACACUAAAUAUAACUGUAAAAAACAAGCUAACAAAUAUUAGCAGAUGUUACUAAAUAAAAAGGCAGUUAUAUUCCAGAUGAAAAGCUCAGAGUAGGACAAAGAUCUAAAUAUACAUCUGCUUAUUUCCCUGUCCUCUUCUGUGCACAUCCUCGUGGUUCUGAUGCCUCGUUGGUUGUUUCAUCCUCUUCAUACAACAGCAGGAUGCAGGAAGUCAUCACCAUGUUCAGGCCUUGGUUCCUCAACACCGUCCUCAUUUCCACACGGUGUCUUCACUUCAGUGGAUGUCGCUGUACCUUGGAUGGUUCUUCAUUAGUGGUACACACUUCCUUGUUUGGUCCAAACACGUUCAAGGAAAUUACUCUUCCUCCAUGGCACACAAGUUCUGCUUGAUCGUACUGCACCAGCUGUAUAUCAUCAUCAUCAUCAGUGUCGCACACUGUGCUGCCGUCGAACCGGUACAGAUCUUCUUCUUUAGAUUGGGGUGUGAUCAUCAACAGGGGUGUUAUAACAAGUUUUUGGACCAUUUAGUUCAACCUACUCAAAUUUAUGAAAAUUUGAAUAAUACAAAAAACAUAUUUUUGCAAAAUAGUCCUAGGAAUUCAGUUUCACUAAUUGAUUUAGUGUUGGAGAGCAGGUUCCAGCAUUAUUGCCAAUAGUGGGGAGGUUAAGGAUCAUCGACAGCAAGGAAAUCUUCUCGGUCAGUAACAACGCCGAACGUGCCACUGUGUCAGAGACAAGGCGUCGCUCUGUAGAGCCUAGCUUAUGUCCAAGUCUGUUGGCUAUUUAUAGAUGUGUGAAUGUGUGACGUUACAUCACAGCUGUAUGCAGCCUGAAAUUACCCACAAUCCAUGCCAACAGUUAAUGAUUUACUGUUUCAUUCAGGAAGAGAAUUAAACAAACUGUAGACUGCAGAUAGUUAACUGGAGACACACAGAAACAGGCAAAUUAACCAGUCUAUACAAAUGAAUAAACAAACUCAUCAACAACACUGUUAGGCUUUAAUGCUUUUCAUGACCAAGUCGUCUGUAAGCAGUUAUUAUGGAGCUGUAAUUUCAUCUGUAGUAUCAAGUGUGAGAAUGUGAUUUACACAUUUAUCUGUAAUUCUCUACAGAUCCACAGGGUGUCAUGAUUCCCGCUGUCUCUAUAACAGGGGUUCCUGUCUGGGGCCAAAUGAUCAUAAAAUGCAGUGUGUGUGUGUGUGUGUGUGUGUGUGUGUAUGUGUGUGUGUGUGUGUGUGUGUGUAAUAAUUCCACAGCUUCUGCCUGCUCGUCAACUCAUGCACCACCCUGGUGUGGAUUAUUUUCCUAUUACAACACAACACUUAUAUUCCUUUGGUUUUUAGUCACUUACUUUACACAAAUAUUUAUUUCUUAUUAUUUCUUAUUUUUAAUUUAGUUAUUAAAUGCACAGUCUAAGGAGGAGUAGGCCAGGUUUUCAUUUCACUGCAUGUUAUAUACUGUAUAUAACUGUCUAUCUGACAAAUAAAAUCUUGAAUCUUGAAAUGUAUCUUAUUGACAUAAUGAAAUGAUCAAAUGUUACAGUACUCCUAUAUUAUAAUUUAUAUAGGAAUUUAAAAAAAAUGUAUGGUGUUAAAAGUUAGGGUUGCAGGAAAUGUAUAAUCUCCAUUUUGGGUUGAUUUUGGGAAGCCCUGCUCUAAAAUGUCAUGUUUGCCUCUCCGGGCCAAAGCUUCUGUAAAUAUACGCCCAGAUUCUGACUAUGUGCUGCUCCGUCAUUACACAGGGCUCAACUUAAGCAUUGUGCACGAACAGGGUUCUGACAACAUGGUGGCCGAUGCCCUGUCAUGGUUUUAUGUCUGUGAUGAUAAGGAAGUUAAAUUUUAGUGAAUCUUCUUGCCCGAGGUUCACGUCUGUGGAUGUAAAGCACCGCCUGAAGGGGACAUCAGCAGCCUAGUGCUCACUCGCUGUAUUUUGUGAUUUGUCAUUCAUUAUUCAUCAUUGUUUAUGUAUUUUCAAUAUUCGCCUUUCUCCCUUCGAUAUUAUUUGCCAAUUUGUAUAUAUUUCGUCUUGUAUAUAUAUUUUUUGGUAUAUCAUCCAAGUCAGCACGGGCUCGGCUGAGAUUUUGAUUGCGUGUGGGUGUGUUGUAUGUGUUUUUGGGUAGUUAGCGAAUAAGGGAAGCAGUUCGUCAUUUGGUUAUUUUCGUUAUUUGGUGAAAAGUUAGCUUCACCUGUAGAGUUAGUUGGGAAUUUGUUUAAUAUUUUUUGCUGCAAAAUAUCUGUGACUCUGUGCAUAUCCAUUUUUUCAAUCAAUUCAUCUCAUAAACAAGAAAUUCUUGCCAUUCCACAUUUUCCCAUCACACUUUUUCUGUCAUUGUCCUCAACCCUUGACUGGAGCGUAGUACAGUAUUUAGUUCUAUACACAGUACAGUCUGAAUGUUGAUGUCAUAAAUAUGUAUGAAACUGUAAAUUCUGUUAUGUAAUAUGUAAUGUUAAAUAUGUUAUAUAGUUUGUAAUUGCUGCAAUUCUGUUCUGUCGUUAAAAAAACAAAAAAACAAAUUGGAUAGUAAUAAUAGGCAAUAAAACCACCGUGCCGUAAUUAAUCACGUUGACAGGAGUUAACUUAAGUGUAACUCGAUUGUUAAUGUAUGUGUUUUUAAAAUGAAAAACAAAUAAGCUUUGAGAUGACAGUUUAUUUCAGACAGACAACUUGGCAGAUUCCAGUACCUAAUCAACUGAGAGGGAUACGGUCCAGAGAAAAUGCCAGAAAUUCCACAACAGAUGUCUAGAUCUUUCAGCACUGUGGCUUAGAGGAAGACCCAGAAGGAGUUCUGCUCCCGGAGUGGCUCCAUGAUCCUCUUUCAGGAGAAGAACAGAAAUAACUCUUGUUAAUGGACCAUGGAAGAGAUGAUGGAAGAGAACUAGUCGUUUUUUCUACAGAAGGCUUUGAGGUGCCACGGCCUUGAGAGUAAAGCAGGAGAAACAGUGUCCCUUUGCCACUGAGGACUGCAUGUUUAGGUGUUAACCACUGAAAUGUGUUCUCCUUAGACGUGGAAACCCCUACAAAGUGUAAGUUCAGUGUGCGUCACUGUGAUGAAGGUUUAAUUGUGGAGACCAAAAUAUACAAAAAAACAAAAAAAACCCAGUUUCCAUUCUCUCAGGUUUCUUCCAGUACAGUGGGCUCUUCAUCAUCUGGAGGAUGGCAGGGAUGGAUGGAUCCUCAAGUAGACUUGAGAGUUCACUGGAAUGAAGCCACCAAUUCUUGGCUGGAGCAAUGGAGCCUCUAAUUCUUUCAUUAAUAUUAGAUGUGGAAAGACAAAACUUUAGUUCUGCACUCUGUGCAAACAUUUUGUGCAUUUCUGCCUUUUCCUAGCUGACUGGCAUCAUUCCAUUCUUCUCACUGGACCCUAGCAUGCAGGAGAGAGGGAUGAUCACUAAGCGCAUAAGGAGGUGUAAGGAAUAUUCACUCUGAGGGUGAUCCCGGGGACAAACACAUCACCAGUUCUUCUCAUAGCACUCUCUCUAAUGCACUCACGUUCCCAUCCUGGAGUAGCAGUCUCAGAUGAGUGAGACCCUGACAACAGCAAUGCAAUAUGUUCUAUGCCAAAUACAACUAAAAUCCCUUACAACGCCAAAUUCAUAACAGGAAACAGCGUAAGAAGCCCUGCAGUCUGUGCUGAUGUAUGAUUAGGCAAACAGACCUGAGCCACAACAGCAAGGUAAGAACCACCUGCCCGUCCAGCUUCCUAUGGGAGAGGCAGAAGUUAAGACACAAUCCUGAUGAAAGAGAACACCGUCAGAGGGAUGAUGGAUGCAAUCAGCAUUAAAGAUGAAGGGUUGGUGACUGGAACUCUCCGAGCCUUGACUAAGACAAGGUGAGAGAGAUAAUGGCUUGUCAGGCGAAAAACUCAAAGCAUGAACUAAACCAGUACAAUAACUACGAAAUCAGUACAAUAACUAAACCAGUACAAUAACUAAACCAGUACAAUAACUACUACACCAGUACAAUAACUAAACCAGUACAAUAACUAAACAAGUACAAUAACUACGAAACCAGUACAAUAACUAAACCAGUACAAUAACUACUAAACCAGUACAAUAACUAAACCAGUACAAUAACUAAACCAGUACAAUAACUACUAAACCAGUACAAUAACUAAACCAGUACAAUAACUAAACCAGUACAGUAACUACCCCGGUACAGUGACUAAACCAGUACAAUAACAACUAAACCAGUACAAUAACUACUAAACCAGUACAAUAACUAAACCAGUACAGUAAGUACCCCGGGACAGUAGGCGCAGUAAGAGAGCACAGCGCUGGUCAGUACACAGCUCUAGUGUGAAAGUGUCAGAUAUAACAGCAGUGCAGAAGAAUAACAAUAUAAUAAAAUGCUGUGAAUGUAAAUAUAAUGUACAGUGACACAGUAUUCAGCAGAUAAACUAAUAUCAUAUAUGCACAUAGCAGUUAGAGAGUAUAGCAAUGACAGGAAAUUAAAUAUAAUGUUUUUAUAAGUAAAUACAGAAAUGUGCAAACUAACUGGAGCUGUUGCGUUUCUGAAAGUUACUCAUGGAUUAACCUCAGUUCCCUUCAGACCUGGAGUUCCUGCUCUAUUCCUCCCAACAUUAUCACACUCUGACAGGAAUAUAGACUUUCAGAAUAAUGAGAGAAAUUAAGAAAUGUGGAAGGAUAUCGACAGUUUUCUUCUUUUUUUCAGUGAGAGUGUAGUGAUUACCCCAUGCCUGGGAGUUAAAUUACUAUCUGACCUUUCCCUUAAUUUCACAGCUUGGUUAAUUCCCCUGCUGUCCUCCCUCUUAUUUAUUUCCUGUGACAUUGUUUGCCUUACCCCAUCCUCGGACCUCCAGCCCCUCUCCUCUGCACAGGGAAGCAGAGCUGUCUGAAGAACACUGCUGGACAGAGAUCAGGCUUAAACUGCUCAUUUCUUCAUUUAUAGCACGGAGAAAGACAGAACAGCCACCGAGGAUUACAUUCUCACAGGGUAUACGGUUAAGCUGCUCCUAUAAACUCCUUUUUAAAGCCACGCAGCUGAAAUGCGACUGUUUGCACUUGUGCUAAUGACCUUCUUCUCCACUCGAACCUGCACCGGGGGCAUUAAUAACUGCCCUAAUGGCUGUGAGUGCACGGACUGGAGAGGUUAUUAUGCUUCGUGUACAGAUAUAGCUACCUUGCCCAGGUUUCCUGCAAACACUGAGACACUACGUCUCUAUGAAACAAGACUGAGCUCUAUUCCUCAAGAUGCAUUUGUCGACAUGGUGAACAUCUCAUUAAUUUAUCUCUCAGUUGAUGUCACAUUAAGAAGUUUAGAGAAGCAUUCAUUUUUCAACCUGAAGAAGAUUACACAUAUAGAAAUAAGAAACACCAGAAGUCUGACGACUAUCGAUCAUGAAGCUUUCAAGGAUCUACCAAAGUUAAAAUACUUAGGUUUGUUCAAUACUGGUCUCACCAUCUUUCCUGCACUCACAAGGAUCCACUCUGAUGAAUCAUCUUUUAUGCUAGAAAUUACUGAUAAUCUUUACAUCACUGAAAUUCCUGCCAAUGCAUUCCAAGGCAUUACCAGUGAUGUGCUAACGGUGAUGUUAUACAGUAAUGGCUUUACUAAAAUCCAGCACCAUGCCUUCAAUGGGACAAAACUAGAUGCUGUAUAUCUUCACCGAAACAAGCAACUUACAGAACUGAGUGAAGACAUGUUUGCAGAAACCAUUAGUGGUCCAGUGCUGCUUGAUGUUUCAGACUCAGGGGUUUCCUCCCUUCCAGCCAGAGGACUGGAGUCACUCCGGGAGCUCAGCGCUCGGAAUGUUUGGGCCCUUAAGAAGCUUCCACCAAUCAAAACCUUCAGACAUCUGACUGGUGCUGAUAUGACUUAUCCUAGUCACUGCUGUGCAUUCAAGAACCUUAAGAAAAAGAAAGGGUACCUGGAUUACAUCCUUUGUAACUUGACUGCAAUGCAUGGCCAGCACUAUAAAAGAUCAGUAGGCACAAUUACAGUUCCACCUGUCAUGGGUGGUAUAGACAAAGGCACUGACCCCUUACUGAGGAACAUCUAUGACCACCAUGACUUCCUAAGUAGCCUACAUUAUCAUGACUUUCUUGGUGGGCAUGCUGACCAUGAUAUGGGAUUUGGGGACACACUGAAGAAUCCCCAGGUAGCCAGCAGCCAGGACUUUGACAGUCAUUAUGACUAUGUUGUAUGUGAGGAUGGAGAAGCUGUGACAUGCUCCCCAGCUCCUGAUGACUUCAACCCCUGUGAGGACAUCAUGGGUUUCAGCUUCCUGAGAGUGUCUGUUUGGUUUGUCAGUUUGUUGGCUGUAUUUGGAAAUUUGCUGGUGCUCUUUGUGCUGCUCACCAGUCAUUACAAACUGUCUGUCUCCCGGUUCCUUAUGUGCCACCUGGCCUUUGCUGACUUGUGCAUGGGCAUCUAUCUGCUUCUCAUUGCCUCAGUGGACCUUUACACGCAGUCAGAAUACUACAAUCAUGCCAUAGACUGGCAGACAGGACCAUGGUGCACCCUUGCUGGAUUUAUCUCCAUCUUUGCAAGUGAGUUGUCAGUUUACACAUUGACCACUAUCACUCUGGAGCGCUGGUAUGCCAUCAAUUUUGCAAUGCAAUUAGAGCGUAAGCUGCGUUUGUCCCAUGCCUCUGCUGUCAUGCUCGGGGGUUGGCUCUUGUGCCUCCUGCUUGCCCUUAUGCCUGUGUUGGGGGUGAGCAGUUACCAGAAGGUCAGCAUAUGCUUGCCCAUGAGCACUCAGAACCUGUUGGACCAGGUCUACAUUUUAUUUAUGUUAGUCGUCAACAUUGUGGCCUUUGUGGUCAUCUGUGCCUGCUACAUUAAGAUCUACUGUACAGUGCGCAACCCCACUUACACCUCAGCCAGCAAAGACAGCAGCAUUGCUAAGCGCAUGGCUGUGCUAAUUUUCACUGACUUUCUCUGCAUGGCACCAAUCUCCUUCUAUGCCAUAUCGGCUGCGCUGGAUCAUCCACUCAUAACCAUUUCAAACUCCAAGAUCCUGCUGGUGCUCUUCUACCCGCUGAACUCCUGUGCUAAUCCUUUUCUCUAUGCCAUAUUUACCAAGGCCUUUCAGGGCGAUGUAUUUAUCUUGCUCAGCAAGAUCGGCCUGUGUGAGCAGCAGGCCCAACUGUUCCGAGGCCAAACCAUCUCCACAAAAGCAAGCAGCGGAGACACAAACAGGCGAGGAAUAAAAACAAAAAUCCUAACGCGAUGGAAUGUUCAGGCCACUGCUACCUGUUACCAAUCCAGUAUCAACAAGGACAAUAACACAUCAAGAGACAGCAAAUGUGAACCUACUGGCAAUAAAUCCAAGCACAUUCAAAGGCUGAACUCAACUGGGGUAUAUUACUGAACCAGAACAUUACUUUUAGUUCUUAUAUGUUCUUCUGUCCUUGAGACAUGCAGUAAGGAUUAAGUUUGUAGAAUUACUUGAUGAACAAAAAGUCUUUUUUUCUAGAGACAAUUUCUUGGCAAUAAUUAUAUAUGUAUAUAACAUAUUUGCUCAUUAAUUCAUGUUUACUGCUAUUUUUGUUGGGUCCCAGACAAUUUUAUGUUUACAUUCUGCUAUUUUCAUGGUCAUGAAUUAACAUGUGCGUAAAUGAUAUAAUUUUGGUCUAAUUAUGUGUGUGUUCCCACCAGAAAGUCCAUCUUAGAACAGACACAAGGAUACAAUGGUAUUUUCCUUAAAAAUGUUCUCUCAUAUUUUAUAUAACAACCUAGUUUUGUGGAUGUUCAAUAUUUACUUAUUAUAUAUAUUUAAUUUAUCUUCAAGUGGAAUAUUUAAUUCCACUUGAAGAUAAAUAGCCGACUUCAUCCAAAUGCUAAAUAAAUACACCGGACUGAAUUAUUUUAUUUGUACCAAAUAAGAACAAACAUCCCAGUCAUGGCAGUUCACACCCAAAGCAUCUCUGAGGAGUUUUUAGUAGAUGCUUUAAAGAUGCCUAAAUUUGGUCUAACUUUUAAAUACAUUUAUUAUUAUUUAUUAUAAAAUGUUGUAGUGUUCUUGGUUGCUGGAAACCUGGCUGUGUGUGAUGGCAGAGUGAAGCUGAUAAACUCUCAGUCCUGUUGCCUGCUGUGAGAUUAGCACUAAAACAUCAACAUAAAAUUUAGUGAUAGAGAAAACAAAUCAGCAAGAGUAAAUGCCACGGUGAAUUUGCUGGUUACCUUAAAAUGAUGUCUUUUUUUUGAGUUGCUGUUUUCUGUGGUCAUAAAAUACUGCAGUGGAGUUUCGCUGUAAGAUCUUACAACCGGUUUUGGUUUAAAAAAUGUGAGUAUAUUGCCACCUCCUGAGACCCUUUUUAAGACUUGAGGAUAAAACAGUAUUUUCUUGACUUUUGAGCAUAGCUUUAAAAAUAUUAGAUCCUGGCUUUGUGAUUGUUCACACUUUGUCACUAUUUUUUUUACUAACUACGUACAACACGUUUAAUAAUUUUACCUAAGGCUAUCCUGAGUUUAUUUUAGAAGAUAUUUUCCAUUUUACUUACAUAAUUAUCAGAAGUAUCAAUGCUGUAAGAAUACCAAUAGCAUUCUUAGUCAAAUGUGCACUUUACACAGCGUCACACAAUCAGAUGUAUGCAGUCACUCAUGAGCAUUCAAAAAACCUGUACCUGUGCAUAUUUAUGCAGUUAUCAGCCAAUCAUGUGGCAGCAGUGCAAUGCAAAAAAAAAAAAAAUAAAAAUAAAAAAUAAUAAAAAAAAAGUCAUGCAGAUGCGGGUCAAGAGCUUCAGUUAAUGUUCACAUCAAACAUCAGAAUGUGGAAAAAGUGCAA